UAACAUCGUCCUAUAGGAUCAUCAUGGAUCCCAAAAACAGUGGAGGAGAGAAACGCCUUCCCAGAAUCGCUGCUUCUCUGCUUACCCGCUUUGCUUUAGAGAGAGAACACACCUCCAGUGUGCAAAGGGCAAGCUUGGGUCCUCCACCUACUUCAACUCCACCUGACCAUUCUUCAGCAGGAUCCGGAUCCAAGUCACCUGACUCCCUGGUUCCAGAUGCAUCAGAGGAGUCCCUGGUUCCAGAUGCAUCAGAGGAGUCCCUGGUUCCAGAUGCAUCAGAGGAGUCCCUGGUUCCAGAUGCAUCAGAGGAGUCCCUGGUUCCAGAUGCAUCAGAGGAGUCCCAUUCCUCUUUUGAAACAGAUGGCUUCGCAUCAGGUUGGCUUAAUACAGCUGAGAGCUCCCCUGAAAGAGGAAAGCAUAGUGGAGGUAGCUUCACAGAGUGGCACAAGAAUCGCGUCUCGGCCCUGUGUAGUGAACGCUUUGACAAACUGUUGAGGGAAUGUCCUGAAUACUACAGUACUAAAAGCUGCCUUGCUGCUUUUGUCCUGGAGAGAGAGCUGACUGACACCUAUCAAGUGGUGGCAUUGGGCACAGGGCAGAACUGCUGCAGUGGUUGGCAAUGUUAUACAGGCUCCGUUGUUCAUGACUGCCAUGGCAUCGUCAUUGCACGCAGAGCCCUUAAAAGAUAUUUGUAUAAGCAGCUCCUGUUAUUCUACAGCGCUGAGACAGAGCUUCGAAACCGCUCUAUAUUUCAGAGCACUGACAAAGAGCUGCUGCUUCAGCUCAAACCAAAGAUCUACCUGCACCUCUACACCAACCAGACCCCAAAAGGUGCAGCACAAUACAUCAUGAAGUCCCAUGGCAGUGGUUACCAAUCACUGAAGCUGCAAUGCCAUGCCAAAGGUUCUCUGAUUCCUGCUGCCUUCCUGUCUCCAAAUAUCUGGGGUGCUUACAUCUGCUGCAUGUCUGAUAGUGCAAAACUCACUCGAUGGACUGUCACAGGAGUUCAGGGAGCGCUUCUCAGCCACUUCAUUAAGCCACUGUACAUCACCAGUGCUGUACUUGGUGGCACUAGCCAUUGCUCUGAUAUAGUGUCUGACACCAUCAGUAUGCACCUGGGGACUGGUCUGAAAGAUGUUCUGAUCCCCCCAUACCAACAAACUACCAUUUUCUUCCAGAAUGGAGAGAAAGUGGGACCAGCUGAAAGUUCAGACCAUUGCAAAGACCUCAGUGUUAACUGGUGUCUGGGAGACUCAAGUAUUGAGAUUCUAGACAGCACAACUGGAUAUGCCAUCAGUUGCUCUCCUUUUGUGAGUGGACCUGGUUUCAACAGUAGACUAAGCAAAAUAGCACAGUUCUUCGGAUUCAGAAAAGUUGCCAUGCUUGCUGGUCAACAUGAGCUUCUGUCCUAUGCCGUAUACCGAAAAGCCAAGAUGGCUGCCCACUUGUAUCAGAAUACCAAAACUACGGUGAACCAGCAGUUCUUGGCCAACAAUGCAGGACCAUGGAACUCAAAACAUCUGGUGGACUGCUUCAGUUGCUGACUUAUUUGUUAAAGGAAAUUUAUCUUUCACUUGUUCUAAAAUUUUCUUGUUUUUUAAAAAAGUUUUUGGUUAGCUGUUAUUACUUAUUCAAGAAAACACUUUACUGCCUCACCCUUACUUCUUCAAAGCCAAAGGGUUAAAUGUUUGCGCAGUCUGUCUUUAUAUAUAGUAUAUACAGUUCUACACACGUAUUACACUGAACAUUUCUAUUUUACUUUACUGAAAGAGACCAGACAGGACUGGACUGGAAAAAUUGUUCUAAUUAUUAUAAUAAUGACCUCAACUUGAUGUUGAUUAUUUUCCUUUUGUGUUUUAUUCUUUAUUAUUGCAUUUCAUUUUAUCAAAGGAAAAUACCUCCAUUUUCUGCCAAAUCUGUUUCUGUUUAAUAUUUUUAGU